AUGUGGAGCAAAAUCACUGGCAAGGGCAGCGACGCCUCGUCGCACGACGGUCGCCGCAAAGAGCAUGGCUCUUCGUCGUCGCGACGCCGCGCAGAGUCGAUAGUCUCGUCCUCCACCGCGCGUAACCCUCCCUCUCGCGUCGAGGAUCGCAGCGACUACCCCCCGACCUUGUCUUCUCGAAGCAACAGCUACGCCCAGCCCGCUCCCUCGGUCUCGUCAAUUGGUUCCUACGCCACUGCUCGAGACUACGACCAGAAAUCCGAGAGAACCGCUCCCUCGCGGAGUGGCUUCGACGAUGACGACCUUCGUUCCCUGCGUUCCGACAGGCGCCGCGACGACGAUCUCCGCUCCACCCGCUCAGAGAGGCACCGUGACGAGGACCUCCGCUCCGAGCGCUCCGAGCGCCGCCGCGAUCGCUCGUCUAGUCGCGACCGCAAGCGAGACCGCAAAGACGGCGAUCGCGAACAUAGGAGGAAGGACAAGAGAGACUCGAAGGACACCAAGGACAAGCGGGAAAAGGAGAGGGACGAAUCCGGGAAGAAGCCGAAGCCGACACGCACCAGGAGUGGUAGCAAGGUCUCGGAGAUUGUGGAUGAGCCAACCCGCCCUCGGGCUGCAGACAUCACUGCUCGCAGCUCCGGCGCUUAUGACCUCCCGAUGACCAGCCCGACUGUUUCUCAGUACACCGCCCCGUAUGGUGCUUCAAAGACUGGUCCUACUUCUCCCGGUUACGGGCGAAUGGAUGCACAUGUAGCAAGCCAAUUUCCUGGUCAAGAUCCUGCCGACUUCUCCAAUCCGUACCGCCCGCCCUCCGGUGUGCUCCAGAGCCAGACUGGCCUCGCCUCUGACUAUUACGGGGAUCAUGGCCAGUCCGUGCACUAUCAACCAGGUGUUCGGCCUGAUCCGCCUAGUGUGAUAGUCGGCACCCAACCACACCUAAUGUCGCCAUCCGCCGCCCCAAACCCUCCCUCAGAGACUGGCCAAGGCGCUGCACUUGAAUUUUACGGUACUCCGACCAUCAAUGGUGACAGACCACCCGUUAAGCCGCCCAGGCCGCUGUCCAUGCCAGGCAGUUUCGAGGAAGAUCCGCCGGCCAAGCCACCGCGGCCACACUCCAUACAUAGCAAGAUGUCCACCGGUGCCGCCGCCGCCGGAGGAGCUGCUCUGGCCUAUGGCUUGGGCCACGAGUCAAGCAGCUCACAUCACGGAAGCUCCUCCCACCACUCCACGAGCAUCCACCAGACCACCACCAGCACCACAUAUUACCCGCAAGUCUCCAACCACCAUGUUGAGGACUCUCACUACUACCCGACGCCGUCAACCGUCGGAUCCGCGAGCCAGGUAUACGCCGAAUCUGAGCCCGUUUUGCCAGCCUACGCCCAGUCCGCCACCAGCAAGCCCAGCAAGUCAGGUAAGCACUCCUCCCACUCUAACGCAGGUCUCUACGCCGCGGGCGCAGCUGGAUUGGCGGCUGGUGCGUACGGCCUGCACGAACAUCAAGCACAUCACCAUCAUCACUCGCCACUGCCACCGAACGGGGGCCAUCACCCUUCGCAAGUUCCGGCCUACUCUGAUCUCGGCAUGGCCAUGCAACACAAGAACCGCGGCCCUGUUGACAAGAUCGUUGAUUGGUGGAAAGACCACGAAGAUGUGAGGAAGAUGGAGGAGUACACCGAAUAUAUUGGUGUUUGUCGCCACUGCUUCGACCCAUACGAGCCUCCGUCGAUGGCGCCUCGCAAACAUCACUAUCACUCCCACCGUCGUUCAAGUGGUUCUCUUCGUAAUUCACGUAUCGACAAAGGAUCUCGUUACGGCUACUCUUCGUCAGACGAUGAGCGCAAGAGCAAGAGCCACUCUUGGGUCGCCAAAGGCCUCGCGGGCUACGGCAUAGCCAAGGUCGGCAAGGCCCUGUGGUGGCAGAACCAAGAUUUCGAUGAUACCUAUAGCGCAAAGUCUGGUCGGCGCCACCGCUCUUCUCGUUCGUCGCGAAGCGCAAGAAGCCGAAGUGGCUCGGGAGACAGGCGGAGUGUUACCUCACGUGGUGUUGUGCGCAACAGAAGCAGAUCAAGGGACUCCCGCGCUAGCCGAGGCUAUACCACUGAGCGGAAAGAGUACAAGGUCGUUCAUCACCACUCCGAGUCCCGUUCACAUUCGAGGGACAGGAAGAGUGGCCUCUUCUCCGCAGCCGCCGGUGCUGCACUCGGAGCCUCCGUAGCCGGUGCAGCCGCGAGACGUCACAGCAGGAGCCGCUCGAGCUCCCCUCAACCUAGCUAUGCAAUUCGGAAGCACCACACUGAGGAACCCUCCAGCUCGACCUCAUUCUUUGGCGUAGGAGAGAAAGACCACCACCAAAACACCCGUCACUCGGUCAUCUCCUCGGCCUCGCGUCAUGAUGACACGAGGUCGCACCGUUCGGCAAAGGAGAACACUGGCAGUGUGUUUGGGGGUGUCUUCUCUUCAACCCCAAAAACAUCCACUAAGCGCGAAAAGGCAAAGGCCCAUGCGAAGAAAAAGAAGGGCUUCUUCAACUUUGGAAACUCGUCUUCCUCGUCUGAGGAGUCUGGUCUGACGUACGGCGGUAGCUCUCUGUCUCGGCGCAGUAGUGCAGCUUCGCGUCGCAACAAUGGACACAAGAAGCGUCGGAACUCUGAUGAGAAGCUCAACGCAACUCUCAUCGGUCUCGGUGCUACUGCCGCAGCAUUGUCUGGUUUGAACAGUCGUGAUAAGCACCGCGGUAAACGCAAGUCAGAACUGGCUCUGCGUGAAGGCUACAAGCAUCAUGGCGCCAGACACUCCAGCGACCGUACCCGCAUGCCUGGUUCUUACAUGGGCUCGGGCUCGGACGAAGAGGGCUGGGAGUCGGCUUCUGACGACGAGAGUGACACUUCUAGUCUCGACUCUGGCCUCGCUUUCGGUGACUAUGGUCCAAAGAGUCGGAAGAGCAUGGAGAGUCUCCGAUCCAACGCCUCCGGUACUGACAAGUGGAACUGGAGAUGGGGAAACAAGAAGGACAGAAAGAAGCACACGUCCCAUGACAGCCUGAAAUCUGGUGCUGCCGGUCUCGCUGGCGUUGGCAUUGGCGCAAGCCUUGCCAAUGCAGCUGCGGCUGACGGCAGGAGCAGUGCCAGCAGCGUCCCCACACCACUGCAAACGGUUGAGCCGGUGGCCACUUCCGACCCCAAUGCUUUUGAUGCUGUCCGUCGCUCAGCCUCAGUCAGUUCUCAGCAGCGGAGCCAGUACGGUCAACCGCUCGUGACGUCUCAUCCUGGACCUGUUCCUCUUCAACAACCCCAGCCCAUGGCGCCAGUAUCCAAUGCUCCGGUGUACACCAGUCAAGCCGGCUAUGCUCCGGUUCCCGCAUAUACGGCGCCAUCCGGUCCGCCGAUCUUCAGUGAUGUCGGCAACAGAAAAGCCCCUCCCACGACAUUCCCUGGCCUGUCCGGGCACUCCGAAUUUGAAGAACGGCCCCCGAUGCCCCCCAGGCGCGCCUCCUCGCCCACUCCUACCCACAGCUCAACGAAGCGCGACCUAGUCAUCGCGGGAGCCGCUGCUGCGGCAACCGCAGGCGUCAUUGCGGCGUCAUCGCAUGGCCGGUCCUCUUCGACGUCGAGGAGGAGAACCAGCUCGCCUUCGGUCAGGGUCGACUCGCCUAAGACGGUGGGCUUUGACUUGACGAGAGAUCAGAGGGAGAAGCAGGAUAGGGAGACGCUGAAGGAGCGCGAGCGCGAGCGCGAGCAUGAUCGCAUGUUUGAGCGGGAGCUGGAGCAAGAGCGUGAACGUGAACGGGAACGUGAACACGAGCUUGAGCUUCAGCUGGAGCGUGAGCGUGAAUACGCACGACUUCGCCAUAUCGAGGAAGAGACGCGUGUCCAGGAGCGCCGACAGCAGGAGCAGGCCGAACGCGAGGCGGCUGCUCGGCGUGAAGCCGAAGAAGCGGAAAGGCGCGAGCAUGCCAGACAGGAAGCCCAGGACAAAGCGGAUCUCGAUCGCGAGACGCAGCGCAUCUUGCGUGAGCGAGCCGAGGCUGCCGAGGCGGCCGCCGCCAGAGAAGUGGCUGCAAGAGAGGAGAUGGAGCGUAGGAGGCUUCAGCAUGAGGCUGCCACGCGUGAGCGAGAAAAGUUGGAGCGCGAAAUCUACGAGGCAGAGCUCAAUCGCCAGCGCGAGGAAGACGAAGCGGCCAAGAAGAGGGAGCAGGAACGCGAAGAGAAGCUCAAUUAUGACAUCGAAGCCCGACAUCGCGAGCUUCGCGCUCGGGAGCGCGAUAUUGUUGAGCCCGAAGAACAUCAUUCUUGGAACACGCCCGCCGUCGCUGCUGCGGCUGGCAUUGCUGCAGGCGCUGCCGUUGCUGGCCUCGCUCAUGAGAAAGAUCGCGACGAAAACCGUUCCAGCAAGAUUGAGUUCGACGACGAUCAUCUCUACGAAGACGAGAUUAUGGAUCCCGACUACUUCAAGAAGAAGGAUACCUCGCGUGAUACGAAGCGGGAGACGAGUCGUGAACGUGAAGAGGGCAUUGCGCGAAGCGCUGCCAAGAAGGUCAUGGCGGACAUUGAGGAACGUUGGAGGAAUCCUGCCGACAAGCAGAACAUGGAGGAUUUCUGGGCGCCUCCAGAGCUUCGUGAUCGUUCGCCAUCAAGCAAGGUCAGCCACAGCCCGGAUGCAGACGUUCAGGUCUACCACUCGCCCUACGUUGUCGUUCAGCCGCCGUACGAGCCUGCAUACAACUUCACGGCUAGCAGGGACGGUGACGACCACAAGUCCAACAAAUUCCAUGGCGUGCCCACACUUAACCUCAUCGAACCGACUCCGCCGGUUAGCCUUGCAGGCAGUAUGAGAGGUGAUCAUUCGGCCCCGCCGUCGCCUAAUAUGGAGGCGCGGAAGGAGGCUGCUGAGGCUGUCAGAGACGCUGAGCAUGAGAGGGAGAAGGAAGAGAGACAGAGUAAGAGGACCAGUGUUACUUGGGGCGCCGAUGAGACCUUCCACUACGAGGCGCGGACUCCGGAGAGCUUCCGCGAGCACUACAUUUCUGAGCAGGACAUGAACCGGCAUCUUCCUGAAGAUUGGGUGCUUCAAGGCGACCAUGCGUAUGCCGAUCAGCACCGCCAUCAAGGAAACGACGAGAUUGUCAUCGAAGCCGACUCGCCUCGGUCAGGCACAGAGCGAACGACCUAUCGCCCCAACGUUCACGACUAUCGCCACAGCUGGAGUUCGGACGUUGCGUCUCCCGUGGAGGAGAUCAAGCGCUUUGAGGACGAUGGCCGUCCAGUGAUCGAGUCUACAUCUCCUGAACAUACUCCCACGAUCAUCACCCCAGGAGAUGAGAAGUAUCAGACGCCUUUCUUCGAGACGGUCCCCGGACUUGCGGCGUACGAUGUUAGUCCUGGUGCGGAGGUUGGGGCUGAUCGGCACGGCUUCGUGGAAGGUGAGAUCGUCGACGAGCCCGUGGAGGAGAUCAUCGCAUCCAAACCGAAAGAAGCCGAGCCACACAUGCCUGGCGCUUGGGACGACGAGGACCCGGUGAAGGAAGUGGAGACUGCUUCUUGGGCCGAACCGAAGCUCAGCAAGAAGGAACAGAGGAAGCGUGACAAGGCUGCGAAGCGUGCAAGUGGCGACACGCUGGAAGACUUGGCUUCCUCCACUGGUUCUCUGAAAGACCUCGACCGAGAUUCCAGAAUCGAGUCAGAGCCAAGGUUUGACGAGAAUGUCUGGGAUGAACCGCUGAGCAAAAAAGACAAGAAGAAGCGCGACAAAGCUGCGAAGCGCGCAAGCUCGACCCGCGAGGAGAGCUCUUCGCUGCCCUCCACCUCUGCUGAGGAACCAAAGGCUGAAGACUUGUGGGAAGAUGUUUCCGGCAGCAAGAAGGACAAGAAGAAAAAGAAGCGGGAUACUAUCGAUCGUGAUCCUCGCGACAUAGAGCCCAGCUACCCGUAUCAGCCCACUGCUGAGGAAGCUCGUGAUGCCAAAUCUGACUUCGGCGUGGCCCCAAGCCGCAUGCCGGAGGUUACAGAUGACAAUUCCCGCCGUCGGAGCCUUGACGCUGGUCAUCAACCCAGCUCAGCUACGCCUUUGAGCUUUGCGACAGCGGCUGGUAUUCUUGCCGGUGGCCUUGCUGAUUCUAAGCGCAAGGAGGCUGAGCCUGAUAGCCUCUGGGCCGCCACAACACCCUCGCAACCCGCGCCUCGUGCCCCAUCACCACCUUCGACCUCUGUGCCGUAUCCCUCAAGUUCGAACGGCGAACACCCUUCUAAUGCUCCAUACCUCGUUGAAUCGCCUGCACGAUCUAUCCCGAGCACGGCAUUCCAUGAGUAUGAUGAGCUUGCCGAUGCGAAACAGCCGUUCAAGAAGGGCAGCAGGAGGCGUAGCCGGCUGGGCAUCAGCAACCCUAGCCCAGGGAGCCCGCUGAGAUCCGAAGUUGCAUUCGAUGACUACAUCGGCAUGGACGCCGCAGCAGCGGCAGCAGCGGCAGCAGCUGGGAGGGACACAUCGAAGGCUUCACAGGAGUCGUCCGAAGCAGCCAACGUUCCUUUGCCGAGAGACGACUCGCCACCGUGGUCGCCCACGGGAGAGAAGGAUUCUAGGCAGAGAAAGUACAUUUAUGAUGAGCCGGAGGAGUUUCCCAUUCAUGCCGGCGUCUCCAUGCCACAUGAUCCGUACGGCUCACCGUCGCCGCCACGGGAGGAUUAUCCCGAGCGUGGCUACGCUUGGGAAGACGAGGGUGAACGGAAGAAACACAGGCACCAUCAAAGGAGACGGAGCGAAGAUCCGGCGGACACCAGGUCAGUCGCAUCGGAUGAACGGGACUCGGAAGGCAGAAGGAAGCACAGGCAUCACCGUCGUCGCGAGAGCGAGCGCUCGGAUGGCACUUACGACGAGACCCGGUCGUCCGUCUCCGAGGGUCGUUACGAUGAGGAUGGCCACCGCAAGCACAAGCACCGCAAGCAUCGGUCGACCGGCGACGAUGAUUCCAAGUCUGUGGUCUCCGAGUUCCGCGAUGACGAGGGCGACGAGUCGAGGAGGCACAAGCAUCGUAGGUCAAAGCGAGAGAGCGACAUCUUCGAUGAUGCAAUCCGCGACCGUGAUGCUCGCUCUGAUCCGGGCGACGUCCGUGAACGCGAUGAGUCUGAGCGGCGCAAGCACAAGCGUAGGUCCAAGCGUGAGGGCGAUCUCGACGACGCGGCCUCUGUGGUGUCGAGCCCGGCGAAGUACGACGACGACAAGAAGAAGGACAAGGAAAAAGAAAAGAAGGGUAUCUUCUCUAGCAUUUUCGGAGGAAAGUCCAAGGAGAGCCUUCCGGAAACGAGCUCCACCAAGUCCUUCGAUAAGGCCCGCGACGACAACGACGUGGAUGAUCACAAACACAGGAGACGGAAGCAUAGGAGCUCCACGCAUGGCUCCUCGUACGGAUCGGAUGAUGACAGUCGCUCUGUUGCCUCGAGCAUGAGCAGCAGACGCGACAAGAGACUGAGCGGUAGCAGAGACGACUCAGGUAUGGAUUAUUCCCGACACUACAAGGUACAUACGACAGAGAAGCCUUUCCUUUCAUCUACUUCUUCUCGAAUUUCUCCAGUCGAGGUUUCGAGAUUUUCUUCAGUGGUCGAUGACGGUGCUCACACUGCUUCUAUUCUCAACGCUGUGUCGCCAAACGCAAUCGACGACCGCGAAGACAUGCUAAAUCAUCUUGUAACAAAGGACAACACCACCGCCGACGCGAGCACUCCAGGUAGCGGUAACAAACGCAACACCUAUCACGGCGCGGAGUCUUUUUUAGGGCUUCGGGCAAGAGGUGAAUCCGAGCGUCUACCUCCCCUGCCCACCAUCCACGUCCCCAUCGCCCCCGCUCACUUCGAACACCAAGACGAGCUCGAAAACGCGUUGCCGAUGUUCACCCCGCUCCCACGCAGCCGCUCCACCUCUCCAAUCGAAGAAGGUGGCGUCACCGACGACCGCAGCGCUUCCGACGCCAAGGGCAUAACCAUGCCGAAAGUUAGGUCCGGCAGCCCCGACGCAGCAGCAGCCUCCUCGCCGCAACAGCAGCAGCAGCUCAGCAACAACAGGAAAACCACGCCAGCCAGCGCGCGGAGCGGCGGCAGCACGAUGCGCGCGACCUCGGCGACCGCCGUGCCGCUUCACUUCAGAGGCUUCGGAUCGUCUCCUCGCCCCGGCAGCGAAGCGGGCACUCCUGCCGCUUCUUCGUCGUCGCCGUCAAGACCCAUCAGCACGACCGCCGUCCCCAUCCCGUUCCUCGCCCAGCAAGGCCGCCGCGCCAGUACCGGAGCCCCGGGCUACACGUCGGCGCCCCGAUCACCCGUUUCGCCCCCUAAAAACGGCCCGACGGCGCCCUUGACUGACCCGCUCGGCACGAUGGCCACGCCGCUGAUGCCGCAGCAGCAACAGCAGCAGCAGCAGCAGCAGCAGCACAAGCACAAAAGACUCCCGUCGACGGAGUUCAAGGGCGGCGGCACGUUCAGGCCGCUUUACCUCGUCGAGCGGAACGCGAGCCGGAGAGGGAGCAUGGGCAACAAGGGAGCGGGAGCGGGAGCGGCAGCGGGAGAGGAAGAGGAAGAAGAACAGUUGCCGACCCUGCCGAGCAGCAGGAGUCCGUCCGUCAGCCAAGAGAGCAGCGGGGAGGACUGGGCGAGCGCCGUGGAAGACGUCGACGACGAGAGCCGGGGAGACGCGAGUUUUUUCAGCGAGAGCGGCGGCAGCGGCAGCGUAGGCGCGAGCGGGUAUGCGAGCGCGAACGAUGGCGAGGGUGAGGCCGAGGCCGAUGUGUUUGGGAGUGGGGCGACGACGACGCAGCAGCAGCAGCGCUCGCCGGACUGGAGGAGGCAUGCGGGCUUGAGGAUCGACACCGGUGCUCCGCCGGGGGCUGCUGUCGUUUCGGACGAUUUGCUGGGGAGCCAGCAGAGCACGCCGAAGGCGGGGGCUUUCGGUGCGGGUGGUUUUGCUGCUGCUGCUGCCCCUGAUGAGAGAGGUGAGAUUGAUGAUGAUGAUGUUGUGGCUGUAGACGUCCCUGGUGCGGUUGCUGAGAAGUUAUUGGAUUUGGAGCAGGAUCGGGAGAAGGAGGAGGAGGAGGCGGCAUUGGCUGGUCGCAGAGGCAGUGGCAGUGGGAAGAUCGAAGAUGAGGGGCGAAGCUCUGAAUCUUGGCCUGCUGCUGCUGCUGCUGCUGCCGCCGCCGCCGCGGUCAUGGGCGGUGCGGCAGCCGCUGGAUUUGCCGCCCACGAGUUGUCGAAGGAGCGGGACGAAGGUAGGGAGGCGAAGGCUUCUUCGGCGGCGGCUGCUGAGGUGAAAGAGGAGGAGCAGCAGCCGGAGGACGUGAAGGAGGAGGAAGAAGAAGUCGUCCGGCCGACGGCCGUGGAAGAACCGGAGACUGCGACCGCACGCGGCGGGAUCGAUGAUACUCCUCCUGUCACGGCCGUCGUCGAGGAACAUGCAGGGUUUCCGGCCGUUCAUGUUGCCGCUGCGGAGCACGCACCUGAUGUCCACUCGAGUUUGGACCCUGAACCAUCGUCGACCGUCGCCGCUGCCGAAGAACCGAUUGCGUCUCGAGACGUCGUCGAGGCAGAACAGAUACCCAACGCCCUCGAUGACGGCGACUUCAUGGCCGGCGAGCCCGACGACGCCGCCAUCGAAGAGGCUCGCGUCGCCGCUGCCGAGCAGCCGUCGUCGUCGCCGCCAUCCACUGCUGCCACCAGGCCUGCCCUGUUGACGCGGACUUCGUCGUCGAAGAAGAAGAAGGGCAAGAAGGGCAAGAAGGCGGCGACGAAGCUCGGCACCACCUCUCCGGCGAAUGGCGAGGAGACGGCACAGCUCAGCCCCGAGGAGGUGCGCGAGAAGACGCUGAGGGAUACCGAGGAGGCGGUUGGUGCGUGGUUUGCUGAUGAUGGUAAUGAUGAGGUGGUGCCUUCUGCCGCUGGCGCCGACGUUGGCGCCGCUGCUGAUGGUGCUGCUGGAGCUGGAGCUGUGCCGGAGUCGGCGGUGGUGGAAAGAACGGUAGAGGGAGAGGGCGAGAAGAGCGAGGCGCAGACGCCUGCUGCUGUGGAGGUGCCGAGCGCGUUGCUGGCUAGAGAGCCGAAGGGCGCGAAGAAGAAGGGCAAGAAGGGCCGGAAGAGCAAGAGUGGGUCCGUGAGCGAGGUUUUCGACACUGCAGCGGAGCCUGUCGAUGUUUCUGCUGCUGCUUCUGCUGCCCUCGAGGAAACCCCGCUGGCUGAAACUGAAGACGCGCGGGAUGUUGUAGCGCCUGAAGACGUGCCUCUUCCUGAGGGCGGGCAAUCGCCUAUCGUCGAAGCUCAAGACGCUCGGGAUGUGCUACCUGAAGACAUACCUCUUCCUGACACAUACCAAUCACCUACCACUGAAGCCCCGUUGGAGCCAGAACACGGGGCCGAGACGACGAGAGUGCAGCCGCUGGAGGCCAUUGAAGAGCCCCAGAGAGGCGUCCAGUGGGCUGGGCCCGAGCUACCGCAUGUUCCGGAGCAUGAGCAGCACCUGUUGCUGGAGAAGGGCAUUGGCGUUGCGGACGUUGCAGCCGAACCAGCGAUGCCAGAUUUGGACGAAGAUGUCACUGCCGUUGCUGCUGUCCAGGAACCCCUGCCCGUCGAAGAAGCCACCGUCCAGGAACAGCAACAGCGACAGCCGCAGCCGCAGCCGCAGCCGGAGACGGAUACGGAGCACCCGUCAACACUGUCCGAGCCGACCACCGUCAUGGCUCCGGAACCAGUUGCCGGCGAGGAAACGACACCGGCCGUCUCCGCGGAGGACGUGGUGGGUGAGGAGGCUUCCCGGGAAGGACCCAUCGUCGCGCCUCCUGUCGCUCAAGAGGCUGAACCAGAGGCGGAGUUCGCACCCGUUCUCUCGCGCUCUUCUUCGUCGAAAAAGAAAAAGAAGAAGGCGAAGAAGGGUGGCAGUGUCGGGUCGGGUUCUGGCUUUGCCACGCCGGUCGUCGAUGAAGAGAAGAUGCCCAUACAGCAGCAGGAGAAGCAGGAGAAGCAGGAGGAGGGAGAGUCCGCUGUCGUUGCUGUGGAGCAGCCGGCUGCUGCUGUCGUCGAGGAGACGCCGCCGCCGGUUCUCACUGGUGAAGAAGAGCCUGUUACUGCUCCCGUUGCCGCUGGAGACGUGAUGCCUCGUGCUGAUGUUGCUGGUGCUGGUGAGGAAGAGGUGGUUGAGGAGACGGCGCCUAUGCCCGCGCCUGCUGGGGAUGUUGAUCCCGAUGCGGAGUUUGCGCCGAUCGAAACCGCUGCUUCUUCUUCUUCCCCUUCAGCGUCGAAGAACAACAAAAAGAAGAAGAAGAAGGGUAAGCAGAGUGGGAGUGCGAGUGCGAGUGGAAGUGCCAGUGCGGGAGUGGCGACGCCGGUUGAAGAAGAGCCGAUCGACACGGAGCCGGUCCUUGGGCCGUUGGCUGUUGAUCAGUCGGGUGUCCCGAUGGCCGAACAGCAGACUUUCGAGCAGUCGGUUGUUGAGCAGCCUGAUUCCCAAGAUCCGGCUGUCGAGCUGCCGGCACAUGCGCAGGCUACUGCCGAGAAGCCUCAGCCAGCCGCGGCCGUCACCAACGAGCCUGAACACAUCGUUUCUGAGCUUGCUCCAGAAAGUCGUGAUACUCCGGCGGAGAAGCUCCCUAGGGUUGAAGUUGAAGCCACCACCCCGGCCCCUGAGGCAGACCCGGAAGACGAAUUUGCGCCUGUCGUAUCUUCGAAAAAGAAGAAGAAGAAGGGUAAGAAGAACGGCAGCGGCAGCGCCUCGGGAUUCGCGACGCCCGUUGAAGAUCCGGCAUCAACCGCAUUGAGCGUCGAUGAGCCGAAGGCCAGUGAAUCGGCGGUCAUUGAGGAGCCUCAGCAGACUGUUCCGCAACCUGUUUUCGAACAUCCAGAUCGCUCAGCCGACCCCGCGCUUGACGAAGAGAAGCCCGCGUCAGCAACUGAAGACGCUUCUGCUGUUCCGAUAGUGGACGAGCGGAGGGUGCAGGAGGUGCUGGAGGAGGGCGUCGCUGCCGUCCAGCCAGCUGAAUCAAACAUCAUCACCCAGCCUCCGUUCUCUGCUGGUGUCGAAGAGCAGGUCGUGCCGGGCCCGGAACCGGAACAGGCGGGGCCUACUGACAUUGUCGAAGCCGAUCCGGAGUCGGAGUUCGUGGCCGUGCCUGCAAAGAAAAAGAAGAAGGGCAAGAAGGGCAGGAAGAGCGUUUCUGAAAGUCCGGCUGAUGUCGUCACCACGCCCGUUGAAGACGUGCAGGCGCUCGAGCCUGUACUGCCUACAGCUACCGCUGAGCCCGAGUUGGACAAGUCUGUUGAGAUGCUGGUAUCCGAGGCACCCGACGUGGACAAAGCUCCGGUGGAAGCUGGCUUUGAACAGCCAAGCUCGAAAGACAUGCCGCAGGAGGUCGUCUCCGAGCCUGUGACGACUGUAGCGGAAGGCCAAGUUCCUCAUGCCGUCUUCAUUCCUCUGCCCGAUGCAGAGGGCGACGAGGACCUCGCAGAGCCGGAAGUCGAGAAGCACCGCGACGUUGCCGAGACAACCGACAUCCCCGAACAAGUGAUCUUUCCCGACCCUUCGGUCGUUCCUGAGCAUGUCGAAGAGGUGCUUCCCAAGGCGGACCAGGAGGCUGAGUUUCCGGUCAUUCCUUCCAAGGACCAGCAGCAGCGGGAAGAAGGGAUUGUUCCCACUCCCGAGCUCUCUGUUUCUGCUCCAGACCACAUUGAGGAGGUGCAAGAGAAACAUCCCCACCACUUCUUCGGCACCGAUGCGCCUUUACCCGAAAGCCACAAUGAGGAUCUGGCUGAGCAAAUACCCCUACCAGAAGACGAGCGUGAGGAGUUUAAGGAGGCUGAACAAGCCAUGGAGACUGAGCCUGUGUUUCAAGACGUGCAGCAGAAUCAGCCUCACUAUAACCUUGGGGCUGACAUAUCCUUACCUGGAGCGACCGGUGACAAACUAUCCGAGGAGCAGCUGCCUUUGCCGCAGGACGAACGCAAGGAUUUGUCGGGAGCCUACCAUCCUUCUGAGAUUGAGCCUAUUGUUGAACGAGCACAAGAUGAGCAGCCUCAGGACCACAACGAGGCUGCUCGGGCAGCGAUGGAAGCCGAACCCCUCGUUGAGGAAGUGCAAGAGAAGCAACACCACGACAUUUUCAGCGCUGGGGUGCCUCCGCUUAAGGUAGACGACAAAGACUUUGCUGAGCAGCUGACCAUGCCUGAAGAUGAACGCCGGGAGUUCGACGAGGCUGCACGGGCUAUGCAGAUUGAGCCGGAAAGUGUUGUGGAGGAGCCGGUCAUCGACAAGAGUUUCGACGCUUUUCAGGCGCCGACGGCUACUGGUACUCCUGCGGAGGCGGCUGUUAUUUCUGAACCCUGUUGGGAGCCUGAGACCACCACGACCGCUAUAUCCAAGGCUGAAAAGGAACCUGCUGUCUCUGAUGUCGUCAAGGUGCCCGAACCGCUUGCUAAAGCUCACACCUCCGAUGAGGCUGUAGCCAUGCCCACUGUCACAGAGCUCCAGCCUCAACCGGCUGCUUCUGAUGCUGCGCAAGCUUCUCAUCCUCUUGCUGCAUCCCACACCCCUGAUGAGCCACUUGUUCCGUCCCAAGAAUCUCAGAUUCCACUCAGCAUCGAUGAGACGCAGCCAGAAGAGGAAUGGUCAGUCAAACCAUCCAAGAAAAAGAAAGGCAAGAAGGGCAAAAAGGCGAAGGUCUCUGCUCAAUCCAGCGUGGACAUCACUGAGCCGUCAACUCCCGUUGAAGGCAGUGAAUCUCAGGUCGCACGUGAGGCGGACAUCAUGGACCCAGCUGGCGCUCAUCACGCUUUGGAGCAGCCCGCAGAGACUUUUGAAGUGGUUGGUGAUACCGGUGAGUGGCCUGCAACGAGCACAGCUGCCACUACUGUAGCUGGUGCAGAGACAGGGCCAGGCCCGAUGGACGUCGAGCGUGACGCCGAGCAUGACCUUGGUCGUUCAAUCACGCAAGAGAUCAAGACGGAGGAAGAACCUGCUGUCAUGUCGUUAUCCUCGACCACCGAUGUCAUUGAGCCACACUUGCCUAUUGAAGCGCCGGUUUCAACGUUGGAAUCUUCUACCGCCGAGGAGGCUGCAAACGUUCCACUGCCUUCGGACAUCGAGGAGCCCGUUCCAUCUUCAGAUAUUGCUACCACUCCCGCGAUUGAGCAGAUUCAUGAUCAACAGGUUGCGGAACCACAGCAGGCAGUCGAUCCAGAACAUGUCAAGGACCCGCUUGCUGAAGAAAUUCCUACACUUGGCCAAGAAUCUCCCGCCGUCAUCGAAGCUCAACCAGAGGAUGAGUGGUCUGCCCCCAGCAAGAGCAAGAAGAAGGACAAAAAGAAAAAGAAGCGCGGCUCUACAGUCCAGACACCGAUCGAAUCUUCGGCACCGGCAAGCCCAAAAUUGGAGGCAUCAGCCGCCGAGAGCAUUGCGACGGUGGCGUCACCAAUGCAAGGCGAGCCGUCAAUCAUUGCAGUGGACCAGCUGCAGCCUGCAGUGGAAAAUGUCGAGGCUGCAGAUGAAAUCACGCCUGUGGCUAGCCAUGGGCCAGCCAGCGUCGCGGACGACCUACGUGGCCCCGCUUCCCCGGCCGCGUUGAUGCCCAUCGACCCCUGUGCUCCCGUAAGCGAGGAAAACUCCUCGAAUCUAAUGGCAGAGGAGUCACGUGAGGAGCCACCGCUUCAUGCAAGCGAGUGGGAACUGCCAACUCAGUCGAAGGAAACGGGCAAGGAGAGCAACGAGCGUGACGUCGCCUCCACCGGUCAAGAACUGGCGGACGAAAACGUGGUGCCCACUGAUGAACGGAUCUCCAGCACCGCUACCCCAUUUCCGGAGACUACUGAAUCAGUGCCACGAGACGCCGACGCUUGGACUGAGGAUCCCGCUGCGGCUUCUGCGCAUCAUCCACAGUCGAUUCCACCGCCGCAGUCUGGAGCCGCCGAGGAGGUGCCGAGGGACAUCGAAUUUGCUGCCGAGCCACGGCUUGAGGCACCCUUGCAGCUGGCUGAGCCUCCUUUGGCGGAAGAGCGAGCCACAUCUCCCGUCGUUCCGGAGACCACCGCUGCCGACGACGAGUGGGCGUCCAUGCCCGCGAGAAAGAACAAGAAGGGCAAGAAAGGCAAGAAGCAAGACUCCACUUCGUCGACUCCGAAAGAGACAGACCGAGCUCCGGGGCCUUUUGUCCAAGCCAUCGAGGAUGAAAUCGCGGUCGAGAACAAGCCUUUGGAGAGCGCUCCGGCCGAAACAACGGUCGUGGAGUCGCCUGCGCCCUUCGGCGAGCCCUCAACCUCGGUAGAAGCGGGUGAAGACGAAUGGGCCCUUCCUGCCAAGGAGAAAAAGGGUAAGAAGGGGAAGAAUGGUUCGGCCGAAGUCGUGCAGGAGGCUGUGCAGGCAACGGAGACUCCAGCCGUUCCUGAACAGAUGUUGCCGGAGCGGGCCGGCGAGAGCGAUGAGAAGACGAAAGAAAGUGCAUCGGCACCGUCGGAUGUCCCGGCGAACGUUCCAAACGAAGUCGUGGAAGAAGCUACGAGCGUUGAUGUGCCCGUCGAGUCCUCCGCUGGGGCUCUGGAACCGCAAAAUGCUCAGGAGCUGCCGAGGGAGGAGCCAUCCUCGGACACCAAGUCAACCAGCGGUGUUGUCACGGAGGAGCCAGCCGAAAUCGACCCAACUCCGGAGCAGCCGAAGGAGGCCGAGGUUGAAGAUGUCUGGGCUUUGCCAAUGCGAAAGAAGAGCAAGAAGAAGAAGAAGGGGAAACAAGCGUCUUUGGAUGAGGAGCCUGCAGCAUCACCACAUACGACAGAACCCGAUGUCGUUGAGCCCAGCGCGGUCGUUGAGGACGUCUCUGGCACUCUGCCGGUUGAGGAGUCCAGAGAAAUUUUGAACGUGGAAGACGCACAGCCUGAAGCCGGUCCGGAGCUGUCGCGGCCUGAAGUCGCUCUCGAGACACCCGCUGUAGUUGACGAGGUCAACGAGGCUGGCGACGCUGGCGAGGCCAAUGCUGAGGAUGAGUGGGCGCCUGCUUCGAUGUCGUCUAAGAAGAAAAAGAAGGCGAAGAAGAGCAAGCAAGGCUCCGUGUCUGAGGUUCCAUCCACCCCCGUUGAGGCGCCGACGGCUGUUGAGGAGAAGGCGGUGCAAGAGCAAGAUCGCGAAAGCAACGAUGUCGAGAUUGUCCCGAUUGAGCAGCCACAGCCGGCUGUGGAGCCUGCCUUCGAGACGCCUAUUGAGGCUGUCGAGGCGCAUGGUCCGGAGAGCAAGGAUGCCGAACUAAGUUCGAGUAAACAGCCACAGCAGGACGUCGACGAGCCUGUUGUCCGGGCUAUCGGAAAGCAAAUCUCGGAACAACAAGACAACGAGCUGCAGCCGCAUGUCGAGUCUUUAGCGGAGGAGCCCGCUGAUAAAGCUGUGGUCGAUGAACCAUCGGACAGGCCCGUUGUCGAAAAGCAGCCACCGGAACCGCUCGUCGUCGAAGAACCUGUCGAGGCCUCCAUUGAGCCAAACCCCGUGGAAUCAUUGCCUUCUGAGCCAGUCGUAACAGAAACUGCGAGCGUCCUGACCCCUCAGGAAGCAGGCGAAGAUGAAUGGGCUCUCCCAGCCAAGCAGAAGAAGAAGAAGGGCAAGAAGGGGAAGCGCGAUUCUACGCCCGGUACGCCACUGGUCGUUGAAGAGCCAGUUACGGUUGUCGAAGAUUCUGCCCCUGCCGUUGCAGAGUCCACGGUGCCUUUGGAAACAACUAGUCCCGUUGUUGAGGAACCUAUUCAGGCUGUCGAGGAGUUUGCACCGGUCGCCGAAGAGCCUGCUUCGGUCAUACAAGAGUCUACCCAAAUUGCUGCAGAGACGCAAGACGUUAUGCCUCAGUUCAUUGAAGAACCAACGUCACUUGGCGACAAUGAUGAACUCAACGAUAUCCCAACUUCCGUUGAGCUUGUCAAUCUGGAGCCAUCUUCGCCGACUGAAGGCAAAGUUCAACAUGACGUUGAGCGAACUCAGCCCGCUGUCGACACAAGCACCACGGAGACGCCCAUUCAAGAAACUGCCACCAUCCAAACCACGCCUCAUGAGGCGCAGGCUGAAGAUAUGUGGGCCGUGCCGACGCGGAAGAAGUCCAAGAAGGGCAAGAAGGGCAAGCAGCAAAGCAUCUCCACUCCGCCAACCGAACUUCCGGAACCCCAGCGCGAGCCUGAAAUCAUCAGUGAACAGCAACCCGAGGACACUCCAACAGGGUUGCAAGAGUCUGCACUCGUCGAGACCGUUCCAGACGAGUUCAGCAUGCCUUUGAGCAAGAAGGACAAAAAGAAGCAAAAGAAGAAGGCCGCUGCUGCUACUGCCGCCGCCGCUGUGGCUGUGCCGAUUGAUGAUUCGCCAGAGGUCCAAACAUCUUCACCCUUCGAUGACACCGUAUCCAAGGAGGCGCCUGUUGAGCAGGAACUUCCAAGGGUUGAGGAGCACACCGAGGCGACUGCUCCUUCGUUCAGUUUUGCUGAUGCUGCCACUGCUGUGGCUGCAGGAUUGUCUGACUCGAAGCGCCAGGAACCUGAGCCGCAAAGCCCCGUUGCUCAAUCGGAGCCUCCGACAGUAGGAGAGCAUGAAGGCACAGAAGAGGCGAAAGACAACAUUGCCGAAAUCGGCAGGGCUUUGCCUGAAGAACCUUUGGUGCCUCACGCUGCGGAAGACGUCACUCCGGAACGCAUGUCUCGAGACAUGCCACAGGAGUCGUUCAAUCCAGAGCCUGGGCUAGAGGUCGAAGGGCCAAUCUCUAUACAUCCCACAAGAGAACUUCCGGAAAGCGAAGACAGGAAGGCCAGCUCCGUAACCGCGCCUUUUGGCUUUGCAGAUGCAGCGAGCAUCUUGACCGAUGUUGUUGCCGGUUCGCGGCCUGAAGAACAAUCUCCUGAUCGCCUGAAGUCAACCGAGCCCAUAGCUGAAGAAGCUUCCAACGCUUUUGGAGGGCGUGAUCUAGCAAGUGCUCCCGACUUACGGCAGUCUGAUCUCGCUCCGGAAAUUACAGAAAUACCAUCUGCUUCGAUUGGAAAUGUCAAUGCGCCCAGGGAGCCAACUACAGCGCAGCAGGCAGCUGACACGCAAGCUGAGGCCGUUAUUAGCCCGCCCUUGCAGACUUCGAGGGAUACCGAUGAGCCGCCUGUGGAGCCUACUUCAGUGCCAUUGGAGGCGGAGGUGGACCCUUCUGAGGAGUUCGCGCCAGUCACGAAAAGCAAGAAGAAAAAGAAGAAGGGGAGGAAGAGUGUUGGCACAGAAACCCCCGUUACUGAGGAGUCAAUACCUGAGCCGAAGGAGUUCCCCGCGGAAUCAGUUGUUGAAAUCGAAUCCGCGCCUGUUGAUGAACCUGCGCCUUCUGAAGUCAAGCCUGCUGAAAGCGCUUCACCAACUCAAGAUUUACCAAGGGAGAUAACCGAACCGGCUUUUGGCACUGAAGAAAGGCAAUCCGGAUCUCCUGAACGCGAUGUUGAUUUCGCAGCUACCCUCGCCGCAGGCUUGCAAGAUUCCGGUUUCGAUCCCAGUCUUGUUCUCAGCGACCCCGCUUUUCACGAACGCAAGAGUCCAUCGAGUUCAGCUCUUGAGGCUGACCCUGACGAUGAAUUUGCCUGGCCGAAGCCGAGGAAGAACAGGAAGAAGAAGAUGGCUGUCGCGACGCCCGAAGUUCAGGGAGAUUCUGCCACACAAGAAGUCGCCACCCAUGAAGCACCCAGCCAGGAGCGGUCGGUGGAAGAGGCUCCCGGCCAAGAACCGGCCUUCGCUGCCGCGAUGGCUUCUGUCCUGGAUGACCCGACUUUCAAUAGGCGCACCCCUUCGCCCGACGCCGCGAAGGAAGCCGUGUCUGAUGAGUUCUUCCCUUUCCAGAAACGGCCAAAGAAAAAGAAGGGCAAGAAGAGUCAAGAUGUCAACCCUGAAGCCGAGUUGGCGGACCAGGGUCAAGCCGAGGAUAUAGAACGACCCACUUCGCCCAUUGGUACGCCUCAAUACGAAGCUGGUUACGUGGGUUCUGAGACACUGCCUGAUGUCGCUGCUGAAGAACCUCGGUCUGUAAGCGAUCAGUCGCCCGUCGAAGUCGGACUUUCAAAGGAUAUCACGAUUGAGGAAACGCAACCUCCCACUGCGAACGAACCCAUCCCGGAGAAGGCUGUCGAGUCUCCGGCGGUCGAGGCUCCCACGGAUGUGCCCACCGCUGUUGAGAAUCCAGUUACCGAGGUUGGGGUCGAGAAUGUAGAGGCGAACGAGCGCGACCUUUCUGUUGAAAAUGCCACGGCCGAUACAAGCGGUGCUCGAAACCCUGUCGCGGAAGACGAGUGGGAUGUGCCGACCAGGAAGAAGAGCAAGAAGGGAAAGAAAGGAAAGAAGGGGGUGAGAGAUGAGUCUGGCCAGCAAACUCCAAUUUCGACAUCUUGGGCGGACCAGGUGGAGGAUGAGACGCCCAUUGAGAGUCCGGCGCAGACGGGAUCACCCGUUGAGGUGGUUGAACAGCGGAACGAAGAGCCUCAUGUGGAGGAAAUGGAACCGAAGUCAGAGUGGGACUUCCCAUGGAACAAGAAGAGUGACGAGACGAAGCGGAUGUCGGUUCAGGAAAUGGCUGAGCAAGCAAUGUUGCCAAUGAACGAGAAGGCAGCUGAAGUGAAGGUGGAGAGGCAGAACGUGGAGGAGCCAAUCAACGUCGGAGCGGUUGAGGAACCGGCUACUACACUUCCGAAGCUCAGCACGGAGCAGGAGCCAGCCGGGCAGGACGUGCCAUCACCGGCUGAAAGCCAGGCCAGCAAGAUUGCGAACCUUUUCCCUGGUCUCGAAAGGGUGAAGCGCAAGGUUCCACCACCGAAGGAAGCAGAGCCCAGCACGGAUUCUCUCGAGAAGAAAGACUCCCGGUCUUCCCAUUUGAGUGACCGCGGGUCGUUUGAAAGGCUGCGCAGAAGCUCGCCGUUGCACAGCAAGCGCAGCAUUGAGAAGGAGUCGGGAUCAGAACCUCAGCGUCGUCUGGGUGGUCUUGGACAUGUCAUGCAACAACCCACAUGGGGAUUUCCGCCGGAUCUGCCAAACAGGGACAGCGCGGUCAACAUGAACGACACGCCGACGAUUCCCAACGAGCCCACGUUCCAGAGCAUGGUAAGGGAUAGCGGUUUCCACGACGGCGAUCACACGCCGAUUGAAGACGAACAACAGGUUUCCCCGGCUGAAGCAAUGCGCGUGGAUGUAGAAACCGGGCCGGAAUGGGAGACAUCCGUCAGACAGGGUGAAUCGACCGAAAAGAUCGCCGUGGAAGAUAAUGAUGAGGGGGUUCCUCCGACAGAAACACCCGUGAAGCAGAGCAGUUCGCAAUGGGCCGAUGCAAAUACGGCACAAGGUACGGUAUACGCAUCUCCCGUUGAAUCCCUCACGACGACAAGGGCACGAUCGUCCACUUUGUUCUCUUCAUCUUCGACAGGCUCCGUUAUUGAUACCCCGUUGAAAGAAGCAGAUACAGCCGGCGAACCCAGGAGCGUGCCUCCCUCUCCACCGGCGGCGGCGCGGGAACAGGCACAAGAAGCGCCACAAGAAGCGCGGGUAUCACUCUUUGGAGAUCCCAGCCAGCAGAGCCCGGAGAGGUCUCCGCCGAGCACGACGGCAUCGCGCCAUCUCAAGUCUCCAAGCAUGUGCCUCAACACGAUCCGCGAGUACAGCCCCGACGAUCAGGCUCCAUACAGCAAGAAAGGGCGGCCGAUUUCAGACGUGGGCAUGCCAGAUCAUGGAGUCAAAUCGCUGCGUCGCAGCCUCGGAUCCGGGAAGAGCCUGAACGAUGAGAUGCAGUCCUCGCCGGGCCAUCCCGAGGAAGACCAAGCCAGCGUCAACAACACCAAGGGCGUUCUCGGAGACCCGUUCGUGGACAGGCAGCGGCCGUCGAGCGUGGUGAGCGAUCGGUCGGUCGGCAGCCACGCAGGCAGCAUUUUCGCGAGGAUCAAGACGCCGGAGCAGCUGCGGUCACCCAGCUCCAUCAGCGCGCGGUCCGAGACGCCGCCGCUGCGUCGGGUGGACAGGGUUGUGUCAGGUGACCUGCGGGUUGCGUCGCAGCUUGCCGAGGCCAAGGCGCGCACCAGACCGGCCGCAACCUCAGCACCCAUCGCGUCGCCCACUCGCCCCGGCCCGUCAACUUACGACCGCGUGCGCGACAAGGGCAAGGGCCGCGCCCCAGACAUGUCGCAGAGCUACGUAAGUCCCGCCGCCCCAGCCAAUGAUGACUCCGUGUUCCUGACCCAUUCGCAGGAGGGCUGGGGCGAUGCGCCACACCCACCGCUGUCGCCAACCCGCCCGCCCAGCGUGCGCAAGCGCCAGAGCAUCCACAUCAUGGACCUCGAGACACGGCUCGACCAGCUCGCCUCGGAGAACCGUUUGCUCCACGAAGCCAAGGCCAGAGCAGAAGAGGCCAUGCAAGACGCCAACCUCAACCAGGAUCGCCAGGUAGCCGACGCGGUCGAGGCACGUGACGCCCAAAUCCGCACCAAGGAUGCCGAGCUCGCCCAGAUCAGCGAGAUGCUGCACCACCUCCGCCAAGAAAUUGCCCGUCUGUCCGACGUGAACGCCGCCCUGACCGACGCGAACCGGAAUCUCACCAACGACACCAACCAACGCUAUGCCACCCUCCAGGCCGAGACGCAGAGCCACGAGCGGCGAUGGCGAGAGGCCGAGCUCGCACUCGAGCAGCUUCGCGUCCAGCACAGCACCUUGUCCGCCGGCAUGGAAGACGUCCUGCGCCAGGAGAUCAAGACCGCCGUCAGAGACAAGGACGCCGAGAUCCAUCGUCUGCACGAAGAGCUCGUCGAUGCGACGGAGCAGGUCAAGAAUCUGCAGCAAUCCAUACUCGAAUCCAAACAGGGCGACAGCUUCCUCACCGUCCGCGACGAGGACUACUUCGACAGCGCCUGCCAACAACUCUGCCAGCACGUCCAGCAGUGGGUGCUGCGCUUCUCCAAGUUCUCGGACAACCGAGCCUGCCGUCUGUCGACGGACGUCAAGGACGAGAAGAUCGAGACGCGCCUGGACAACGCCAUCCUCGACGGCACCGACGUCGACAUGCUCCUCGCCGACCGCGUGCGCCGAAGGGACGUCUUCAUGUCGGUGGUGAUGACGAUGAUCUGGGAAUACGUCUUCACCCGCUACCUGUUCGGCAUGGACCGCGAGCAGCGCCAGAAGCUCAAGGCGCUCGAGAAGACGCUCACCGAAGUGGGCCCCCCGCGGGCGGUCGCGCAGUGGCGCGCCAUCACGCUCACGCUCCUGUCGCAGCGCGAGCCGUUCGAGCGCCAGCGCGCGCAGGACACGGAGGCGGUGGUGCAGGAAAUUUUCGGUACGCUCGCGUCCCUGCUGCCGCCGCCGUCGCACCUCGCCGACAAGAUCCAGGAGUCGCUGCGCAACGUGCUGCGGCUCGCCGUCAAGCUCUCGAUCGAGAUGCGCGCCCAGCGCGCCGAGUACAUCAUGCUGCCGCCGCUGCAGCCCGAGUACGACACCAACGGCGACCUCGUCCGCAAGGUCUACUUCAACGCGGCGCUCAUGAACGAGCGCUCGGGCGAGACGUCGUCCAACGACGAGCUCGAGCGCCAGCGCGCCGUCGUCAAGAUCGUCCUCUUCCCGCUCGUCGUCAAGAAGGGCGACGACCUCGGCGAGGGCGACGACGAGAUCGUCGUCUGCCCCGCCCAGGUCCUCACCGCGAAACCCCCCGCCAAGGACCGCAAGGUCGUCCGCGUGCUGAGCGGCGCCAUGGAGAUGGGCGGUGGUGGUGCCGGCCCCGGCGGCGACGACGGCCGCAGCAUGCGCUCGCGGAGCAGCUUGAUCCGCUCGCCGGGCGUGCCAGAGGGCAGCGCCAUGGAUACGGCUUUUUAG